AUGCCUCGACUCCAUUUCGUGCAGGAAUUACCCGUCGGCUCAUCGAAGCGGGAUAAGGAACUGGAGCGAGCAAAAGCCCGCUCGCACGCGGCCACGGUUUCGUAUCAGAAUCAUCAUCACGCACCCCGCCUUGCAGCACCUCUCUCUCAUCCUCAGCCAUGGCCUCCACCACAGCCCGAGAGACCGCAAACGCUGGAGGAGCAGGGUAGUGACCAUGCCGGUGUUGGUGGCGGCCGGCGGCAGUCCCAGUUCAUCGCCAGAUCGGACGCUAUUAACAUGGGGCCCGGCCCAUCUUGGGAGGUUGAGGCCAGCGGUGGUUCAUCGUCCGACCCGGCUCUGUCCUUUUGUCAAGUUCAACCACAACAUGGAUUGCACACGCCGCCCCAAUCGCCACAAGAGCGCAACUCAAAUACACCUACGAAUACGAGUCUGAUCCAACCGUGGUCCACAAAUGCCUUCGCACACCCGUCGUCCAACCAGGCCCUGACACCGCCCGACUCCACCUGGGCCGGGAUUUGGUCGGAGGGCGACGGCGAGGACAAUCCCAGCACCGAAGACGUGGAAGAAGUCAAUUUCAACUACAACUCCUCGUCGACCCUCGACAGAUUGUCAUCUUCUUCGUCCUCCGCUGCAUCGACUGCUCUCAUCUUGCCACAGACGACGACGACGACCCCCCCUCGUCACAAUGUCGUCUACCAAAUCAACCCGCAUGCUCAGACCACAGCACACAUGAGGCCUUGGGCCACCAACAUCAACAACCCGACGACGCCGACAACUCCGGCGUUUAUCCCGCACGACCUGCUCGGCACGCGCGCCGACCCGUUCGACUGCAUCCCGCGACGGCACGCCCACUCGCCGUCCGUCAACGCGGUCAUCGACUACCACGCGCAGAUCAUGGCGCCCAACCACGCGCCCAUCUACAAGAUCUUCAACGUCACAAACGUCUACACGUCGUACUACUUUGAGCUGCUCACGCACCCGGACUUUCUGUACACGGGCGUCGCAAGCGUGCAGGCUAUCAUUGACCAUCUGAGGCGACGACCCAACGACGCCCCGGGACCGAGCGAGAACGUCUUACGGCAUAUCGGGACGGCGAUGGUGAGGUUGCGAAGGAGGUUGGGCCGCGUGCAGAGAGAGAUGCGGGAGCAGGAGGAGGAGGAGCAGCGGAAGCGAGAGAAGGAAACACAGAGGAGGAGGUGGAGAAGGCCACGAGAGGAGUGGAAGGAUGGUAACAAUGUGAGUGUUGAUAUUGCUCCUGAUAAUGGUCAUCAGCGCCGUGAUGACGAGCUGGAGGAGGACUCCCCUGAACCUGCUGCCAAGAACAGAAGCAACAACGAAACCCUCGUUGACGACAUGACAAUCAUGACCGUCCUCUUCCUCGCCGUGGUGACCCGCGCCAUCAACGACCUGCCCUCGCACGAGAUCCACAAGAGGACAAUCGCCUCCCUCGUCGCCGCGCGGGGCGGGCUGCAGAGUCUGCACGGCCACGACGGCCUCGCGCGCUGCACGCUGAUGCAGUGGGAGUCCUUCUGGGCGCUCAACACGGGGUCUAGUAUUUUCCCGGAAGCCCGCCCUGCGUACCAGCCCGUGUAUCCACCGGUCCAAAUCCUUGCCUCCUCAUCUUCUCCUCUGGGCCAGAAGGUCGCGUCGCUGCCGCUCGGGUUCCAGGCGCUGGCGCACCAAAGACGGCUCGCGCUGGACGUGCUCGAGGUCCUCUCCCGCACGGCCGAGGCACACACGGAGCAAAUGAGGCACGGCACGAUCGUCACGCCCAGCGACGUCUUUCGUACGAAGCCGCGGCGAUUCCAGGAUUUCUGGGAGGCGUGCACGUGCUUGGGCGCGCCGGACGAAGUGCACACGCGGCUUGCCGAGGACGGCGUGGCGGAGGAAGUGAUGGUGCCGAAUCUCGAGAAAAUGAUCGUCCUAGCCCUGUUGUUGUAUUGUCUGCACACGUUCUCGCCCAUGAGGGCCGUGACGGCCGUGUACAACGGCAGCAGGAUGAAAUUGACGACGGACGCGCCGCGACGCGUGAGACGAACAUCUCUUUCUACUCCCACGCAAGCGUCCACGUCCCGACACCCCUCAAGCGGCAAAGAUGCUGUCGCAGAGAUCGAGAGCGAAGAAUCCGUCCUCCUCUGGGUAUGGUUCAACCUAGUCGACUCGUGGCGCGCCGCAAACGACACCUUACUCCCCCAGGGCCAGACACUCAUGCGCGACCUGAGACGUCGGUUCCCCGCGGACACGGCGACGUGGGAAGGGUGCGAGGACAGAUUGCGGCGCUUUUUCUGGAAUGGGAAGUUUAUUCGGCGGUGUCGCGCGUUUUGGUUCGUUAGUGAAAGCAAGAGGAUGAUGGAGAAUGGAUGA